AUGGUUAAGGUUCCAAUGAUGGCUAAUCUUAAGGUUGCUUCUAUUCUUCAACUUCUAGAUAGCCACCCUUUUUCCUCUCCUCUCUUCUCCUUAGCGCCACAUCUUCUUCAUGCCACUGUCGCCGCUGUCGCCGCCUCCGCCGCCAUCGCCGCCAUCGCCGUUCUUGUGGCUGUCGCGCAUUGCUGUCGCCUCGCUAUCACUGUUGCUACUGCUUUUCCUGCUGCCGCGGCUAUGUCACCAUUGCUGGAGCUGCCAUCGCCGUCGUCACUCUAUCAUUUUUUGAGUGCUAAAGCUGUUGCUGUUGCUACAGCAAGCAAGCUUGCUGCUGUUGCUGCACAGCAGCAUGCAAGUGCAGCAAGCUUGCUGCUGCUGCAGCAAGCAAGUGCAGCAAGCUUGCUGCUGCUGCAGCAAGCAAGUGCAGCAAGCUUGCUGCUUGCUUGCAAGCAAUCAAGCAAGCUUGCUGCUGUUGCUGUUGCUGCAGCAAGCUUGCUGCUUGCUUGCAAGCAAUAUGUUAAUGAAUUACAACAUGUGCAACAACCACUUGGAGUGGUGGAAGAUGAAGAUGAGAAUGUAGAGGAUGAGGAAGAGGAAGAUGACACUGAAGAGUCAGAUGAUGAUUUAGAAGUUGAUGGUGUUGAUAGUGAUGAUGAUGUCAACUUAGAAGAUGAUUCUAAAUGA